AUGUCGCAGUCUCCCCUCGCCCGCUCUACCAGAAAGAGCCUUCCCGCCUUCGCCCACGCCCCAUCCAAGCUGGGAAAAUCUAGCAUCAAACCAGAAGACCCACCCUCUCCAGCUUCUCCCCGCCCAUGGCCCGACCGCGACUCCACCCCAUCAAAGGGCACGCCCUCCAAAUCAACCCAGUCCACACCCCGCUAUCGCAAUGCCGGCUUCUCCACCAGCUCUCCACAUACACCAAAGAUCCAUUACUCGCCCCACGCGCUCGCGACGCCACCGCAGAGUAUGAGUAAGAGUGCGAGUAUACCGUUUGACAUGGCUGCUAGUGCGAAAGCGGCGAGGAGGGCGGAGGAAGAGAUGAGGAGGACGCCGAUGGAGCAGAGUGGGAAGAAGAAGCGGUUUGUGAGACGGAAGCCGUUGCAUGAGAGGAUCAUCGGGUUUCCUCAGAAGGUCGUCGACACGUUUUUGUUCCACACCCCCGCCUCUGUGCUAGAUGUCCUCCCCGAGCCUCACCUCGCAAACCCCAUUGCCCUCGGCGUCCACGUCUUGCACUACCUUCUGGUAGCACCUCUCUUUACGGCCAAGGACGACUAUGGCAGUGUGCUGCAAUCAGGAAGGAGUCAGAGCGCAGUAUCGAGUCGGUGGCAUGAUGUGGAAAAUGCAGGAAAGACGGGAUUAUUGGGCGUCUCAACUAGGUUCUUCCUUGUUGCCCUGUUGAUGGCGCUUGCUCUUGGGAAUGCCUUGUAUCUCUUCACUCGUUUCCGUACCUACGACAUGCUGCUUCGUAAUCCCACCGAAGCACCCGUCCACUCGCCGCACGCCUCCCCUGUACCCGCUCCCAAAGCCAAGCCCCAGUCGGACGACGAGGAAGACAACGUCUUCAAAGCAGAACUCAAAGAGCCCUGGUUCCCCAAACUUCUCAAACUCACUGGCAGAGCCCUGCUAUACCUUGUCAAGUUUACCUUCCACGCAAUCCUAUCUGCUUUCGGCAAACCCACCACCGGCCCCUCCCUAAAAGACAUCGGCGCCUCGGGCCACACCGUCCAAUCCCUCCGCGUCUGGGACCCUCCCCCCUUCUGCCUCGCCUUCUUCUCCGCCUACCCCCCCACAGCACCUAUCCUCACCCACCUGCUUACGCCCAUCAACCCCCUCCUCACGCCUGUCUUGCACCUCUCCACGACUUUCCUCUUGGCGCAUCUGGAACAGGCGUUUUCGCAGUUGGUGAAAGAUAGGAUGAUUUUGUCGGCGGAGGUGAUGAGAGAGUAUGAUCAGAGGUUUGUUUACAAGAAGAUUUUCUCGAAUAAGGUGGAUAGGGGGGUUAGUACGCAUGAGUGUGAGUUGUUUCUUGAUUGA